CCAUUUCUCCUCAUUUUGUCCCCCUUUUGUUUCUCAUUGUCUAUAUAACUCACAAAGAGGGGUAAAGUAAAAAAGCUUGUCUGGUUUUCUUUUCUAGAGAGAAGAAAAAGAAGAGAUAGAGAGAGAAAGUAAUUGAGUGAGGAAGAUGGGUGAGCAAGACGAUGGAUUGGGGUUGAGCCUGAGCUUGAGGUGCCCGGAAAAUCAGAACCACGACCGUCCGGCUGCCGCCUCCUUCCCCCUGAACCUUUUCCGGUCGCCGCUUCCUUUCAUUUCCGGCCAGCAUAGAACAGCCGAUCUCCGGCAGGGGUCUGCCGUGCCGUUUUACAGGGGUAUCGACGUGAACCGGCCGAUUACGGCGGCGGAGUGUGAUGAGGAGGUCAUGGCGACGUCGUCGCCGAACAGCACGGUGUCGAGCCUUAGCGGUAAGAGGAGCGAGCGGGAAGAGAACGACGGCGAGAGGGCGUCAAGCUCUCUGGAGAUCGACGAUGAAGGCGGCGACGGGGCCGCCGGGAGGAAGAAGCUCCGCCUGUCUAAGGACCAGGCGGCGGUGCUCGAGGACACGUUCAAGGAGCAUAACACCCUGAAUCCCGUUAGUCUUGUUUUUCCCCUGUUUUUUUCUCUUUCACCAGCUAGGAAGCAGAAAAUGGCCCUUGCUAAGCAGCUGAAUUUGAGGCCAAGACAAGUGGAAGUGUGGUUUCAGAACAGAAGGGCAAGGACAAAGCUGAAACAAACAGAAGUCGAUUGCGAAUAUCUGAGGCGAUGUUGCGAUAAUCUAACAGAGGAAAAUCGACGGCUUCAGAAGGAAGUAACCGAGCUCCGAGCACUGAAACUCUCCCCACAAUUCUACAUGAACAUGAGCCCCCCAACUACCCUUACCAUGUGCCCUCAAUGUGAACGUGUGGCCGUCUCGUCAGCCACGACAGCUGGCAGCUCAGCCACCGCUGGCCGCCAGCCAGUGGCGGCCCACCACCACCGGCCGCCGCCGGUUAGCUCGUGGGCUGCUGUGAUUCCGCCCCAAGCCCUCGAUGCCCACCGCCCGAGGACGUGAUUUGACUUGUUUUUUGGUCUGAGUUUCGUAAAAUCAUAACAUGGUGAAAUAUAAUCUGACUUCGUGUUCUAUGUGUUGUCCCUUUUGCUUUCCCAGAUUGUUAUAUGUGGAUUGUGUGUGUUCUUGGGGACUUUUUUUAGUGUUGGGAGUGUGUUAGUAAUUAGGAGGUGGUAUUUUCUAACCUCUGGAUGGAAAUUAGAAAGUUGAAUGCUUUUUGUGAAGGAGGUGAGUAAUGAGUUUGCUUUUGCUUCAUUUUUCUCUUCAUAAAUGUAUGCAUUUGUUUCAUUGUUUUUUCCAACUCUUGCAUGAAUAUGCCAAAUAAUUGUGGUGAUAAUAGUCGA